UGCCACACUGCUCUUUCUUUGUUGUCUGCUGCCGUGCACAGCCCUGACUCUGAUCCCAGGGCUGGCAUAUGAUGUACAUAAGGGCAACAGUUCUUGGCUCUCAGGAGCUGAUCCUCCCCAUGCUGUUGCAGUGGGGUGUGUGGGCUGUCUCACAGCAGGGCUGUCAUUCCGGGAUGCUCUGUUAUUUCCUGACCCCUGGACCCUCAGCGCAUGAGAUGUUGGCAUCUAACAGGACCAAGUCCAGUUCCCUGACCUUCACCCUCACUGGGAUUCCUGGUGUGCUGCUGAGCAGCCACUGGAUGGCAUUGCCUCUUUGCUGCCUCUCCCUCCUCACGCUCCUGGGGAACAGCACCUUACUCUGGAUGAUAAAGACUGACCACAGCCUCCAUGCACCCACGCACUAUUUCCUCUCCAUGCUGAUCAUGGCAGACCUGGGCUUGCCUCUCUCCACCCUGCCUACCAUGUUGGCCAUUUUCUGGUCUAAGUUCACCUCUGUCUGUUUCGAGACAUGUGCUGUCCAGAUGUACUUCAUCUGCAUCUCCACCAUAGAGCCCGGGGCCCUGGUGGCCAUGGUCUCUGACUGCUUCAUUGCUAUCUGCCACUCUUUGCACUAUGCAUGCUCCCUGAGCACCCCUGUGUCCUACACCAUAAGCAUCAGGGCCAUACUGAGCACUGUCUCCCGGGAGGCACGAGCCAAAGCCUUCAGCACAUGCAUCUCCCAGCUCAGUGCCAUCCUGGUGUUCUACACCGUGCUCAUCACCCUGUCUGUCACUCACAGAUCCAGAAGGCACCGCAGCCCCUGGUGCCAUGCUCAUGGCUGAUGCCUGUCUCCUAGUGCUGGACUUGCAGGCGUACAGCUGGAGGAGCAGGCGGGUCCUCAUCCUGCUCAGCCAGAGGGGAGCCCAGCAUCACACCUAGUGCUGGGGAGGGCUCCUUCCUUCCC